AUGGGUCCUAGCUGGAGUGUGAGCACAGCAACCCACCAGAACCUGGCCUCGAAGAUCUUCUGUUUAUGCUGCAGAGAUUGUCAGGAACCCCAAGUCAUUGAUGACUGUAAGGUUCCCAGUCAAACCCAGAAGAAUCAGCCAUCAACAGGUGGUUUGAAGCUUCAGAAGAAUGAGCUCAACAGGCAAAAUCCCAGGCACACUAGCACAUCCUCCCCCUCGAUUAUAGGAAGACUGCUCAAUACACAGAAGAAAUCUUCCUCCAGCAGCAGCGAGUUUGAAGAACUGAGUGCUCCAAACUUUCAAAGAGGAUUUUACAAGAGAAACCUAAACCGCUACAGCCACGAGCAGUGGCCCUUCCAGUCGUGCCUCAUCGGGCGACCCUGA